UCACGGCCCGGGAGGCGGGAUCCGGGAAGGAGGGGACGCGGGGAGGAGGCUCCGCGCCACCGCGAGGGAGGAGGGAGGGCGCGCAGUCCCAGCCCAGAGCUUCAAAACAGCCCGGCGGCCUCGCCUCGCGCCCCAGCCCGUCCGUCCGUCCAGCCGCCAGCGCCCGAUCUGCCUAUUCUGGACCUUGCCUAUAAGUGGGAUCAUAUGCUAUGUGGCCUUUCGUGUCUGGAUUUUUUACCCUCAGCACCCUCGAUUAAUGGCAGGUGAUGCUGACUUUCCAUGUGAGUCCUGAUCCCGGGUCUCCUUUUAUAAAGAUGUAAAGAAGCGAGAACACGCAGCAUCUCUCUCUGGGCUUUAAGCGUGACCCCUCGCCCCACCACACCCUCUGAAAAUGUUGGUGCUCCUGGCUUUCAUCAUUGUCUUCCACAUUACCUCCGCUGCAUUGCUGUUCGUCGCCACCAUUGACAAUGCCUGGUGGGUAGGAGAAGAGUUUUUUGCAGAUGUCUGGAGAGUGUGUGUCAACAACACGAAUUGUACAGAAAUCGAUGCGAACUUUCAGGAUUACGCCACGAUGCAGGCAGUCCAGGCCACCAUGAUCCUGUCCACCAUUCUCUGCUGCAUUGCCUUCCUGAUCUUUGUGCUCCAGCUCUUCUGCCUCAAGCAGGGAGAGAGGUUCGUGCUAACCUCCAUCAUCCAGCUCAUGUCAUGCCUGUGUGUCAUGAUCGCGGCUUCCAUAUAUACAGACCGGCGUGAAGACCUUCACAGGAAGAACCUGGGAUUGUACACCCUUACCCUGGAUGGCAGCUACGGCUACUCCUUCAUCCUGGCGUGGGUGGCCUUCGCCUUCACCUUCGUCAGCGGCCUCAUGUACCUGAUCUUGAGGAAGCGCAAAUAGAACCCCGGGAGCUAGGUUGCUUUUGCUGCAGUACAAAAUCCACAUUCAGAUAACCGUUCUGUAUAUAAUCAAUAUUUUUGUGUGUGGUUUUUCUAGCAAACAUAUUGUUUCCUUUAAAAGCCAAAAAAAAAAAGAUAGAGAGAGAAGAGUUUUUGCAUUCUUGAGAUCAGAGAAAGACUGUGAAGGCUGGGAUUCGGAACUCCUGCCUAUCUGAAGUCUCCAAGAGACAAAGCCCCAAAUGCAGCAAUGCCCAAAUCCAAAAACGUUCAAUGGGAUGUUUCUUAACUGUGGGGUUGUGAUGUGAUGUGAGAAGAGACCAAGAACGCCAGGUCUCGGGGGGCAUCCUUUCUAGGUAUGAGCCACACCAAGCCCCUCCCCCCCCAGCUUAGCCUCCCCUCCCCAUUCUCUCUGUGUUAGGGUUGGAGGUGGGGUAGGGGUGAAGCCUCCUCAGAUGUUUAGCCAAGUUCCAUGUGAGAAACAGGGGUUGCCCUUGCUGUCGUGUCUACAUCCAGACCAGAGCCCUGACCUUCCUGCAAUGGGCUGGGUCCAGAAAGUCCCACCCACCUUUGCUGACAGUGUUACUUGCUUGCUUCCCUUGUUAGGGAAGGUGAUCUUUAACCUGGGGUCGGAUUUAGGCUCACCCUAAGGCAAAGAAUCUCAGCAUGUGAUCCCCAGCAAAUGUAGUAACAGGGGCCCUCCUUAGACCCACGGGGUCAGAGUCUUCAGAGACGGGGCCUGGGCACCUGCAGUUCUGACCAGCUCCUUGGUGACGCGUAGGUGCCCUGAGGCUGAGGACCAUGGCCCCGGGGCCAGGUGAGCAGAGCUGCCUCAUAAAUAUUAAAAAUCUCGUCGUGUCGAGCUGGUGAGGUGCUGGCUGCUGCUGGCUUCAUCACCCCCGGCCUUCCCCGUCUUGCCCACAGCUGCUCACAGGUGGGCCUUCCCAAUAGCAGCCCAAGCCCCGCGUCCCCACAGCAAGACAGCCUAGGGGUGCUGCCUCCCUCCUCCUCUAAGUGGGAAGGCCCGGCCCUUCUCCUCCCGCCCUGCCUUCUAAGGCUGGCCGGCCUCCGCUGACCCCCAUUUCUUAGAGCCUCAGCGGACCCACCCACCAAUCAUUCAGCAGCAUAAAUUGCAGAGGGCUUGGUGCCUGCCCAGCACAGGGGACGCCAUGCGGGGACAGUCUCUCUCCUCUGGGGCUCACCGUCCCGUGAGGGAGGCAGAUGGAAAACUUAGGAAAAGUAAUCACACACCGUGAGGAAGGCAGCGGAGAAUGCAACCACGGGUUCAAAAGUGAGAUGGGCCGAAAUGCCACUCCUUCACUGGCGGUGUGGUCUGGGUUACCCCCAGAGGACACUUCUCUGGAGGGGCCCGGGGUCCUGACUGCAAAUGAAGCCGUGAGAAGCUUCCAGAUUGCCGUGGCUCUCGAACUUCAGCGUGCGCACUGCCCCUCGGGGAACGUGCUUUGCCAGGGUCUGGGUGAAGAGCGCUCCCGCCAUCCGAGGCUGGCCUGCAGGAUGCCGUGGGCAGUUUGCCCUCAGGGGUGGAAGCACUGUGAGCGUGUGGCAAGGCAGGUGGCCCCGGGAAGGGCCUGUGGAAAAGCUCUCCGCACCUCGCUGUCUGUAGCCUCCCGUGUUUCGAGCGCGCUGCUGGGGACGUGUGCUGGGGCCGCGUGUGGGACCUGCCCGCCCCGUCUCCGCGCUGGUGCUAUGUACGUGCUUCUGCACCUGACCUUCAUUGGCCGGGGUCCCGUGGCGCUGGGAAGAUGUCUGGUUUGAGUGAUGUAGGGCCGCCACAGAUACCAGGACAGGAUUCGGUUUUCUCUCCAUCCACUCAUUCACUCAUUCGUUCAUUUUCAACAGACUAUUCAAUGCUUACCAUGUGCCAGGCACCCCCCCUCCCCGAUGGUGUGACCUGCAUCCGGGAGGAAACUGUCCAAACUUCUUACCUGUAGGCAGAACCAGCCCUCACUUGGUGCUUAUUAUCAGUUACUCAAGGACAACCCCAACACAGAAACUUAGCUGAGACAUCCAAGAAGCAAAUAUUAGGACCAAACGUGUUACUCGUAACAACUGUAUUUGGAGGAACUGUAGUUUGCGCCUAUUAGAACAUUUUUAUAUAAAGUACUGUAAUUCUUGCGUGGAGGGGCUAUGGAUGGAGACAGACUAACUUGUUUUGUUACUUGCAUUAAAAUUACUUUGGGUCUCUGUUCA